ACCGGUGCGGGCUGCCGUCCUUGGGGAGGAUCUGGUCGCGCAUGUGGUCCGUGAAGCCCAGGGACUCGAACUCCUCCAUGAUGAGGCGCGACGGCCGCCGGAAGACCUCCGAGAAGCUCUGAGACCGCGAGAGGCGGGGGGACCACCGCGGCGACGUCGGACGAGGGGCCGCCGGACGAGGGGCCGCGCCCUCGAUGUCCAGGGCGACCAGGUUUUUCUUCGAGACGUGUUGCCGCAUGGACCCCGAGCGCUCAUCCAGGGCGGCGUGGGGCCGGGGCUGGCUCGUGUGGUGGUGGCGGUGCUUCUUGUGCUCGUUGGCGCGGGAGACCGAGCGCCGCAUGGACCCCGAGCGCUCAUCCAUGGCGCCCCCCUCGUUCAAUGGCGGCCCAUUAGAUCGAAAAAUGGCUGCCCGUGACAACACGACUCGGGGGCAAGCUGAAGCUGAUCUAUCCCGGACGUUGAAUGAAACGCUCUCUCGAGGAAUCGAGGUGGGGCUGCCCCGCGGCCCGGUGGCCGGCGCCGGCGCCAUGUCGUCGAAGAAGGUCGACGGCGAGGGCGAGGAGAAGGCGAGCCCCGAGGACGGCGCCUACGAGGAGCCCGACGAGGAGGUGGAGGGCAUGAAGGCGGCGCUGACGGCGGCCCAGCGCGAGGACCUCAAGGCGGAGCUCGAGCACGAGAUCGCGCAGCUCACGAUCAAGAACAUCGCGCUCAAGGAGAAGAUCGGCAAGGUCGAGAAAGAGAUGACCGAGGGCAUCACGAGCCGCGAGGCGGUCAUCGCGGGCGAGUCCGAGACGACGAAGACGAUGAACGAGGACGCCGCGGCGCUCGACGCGGACGCGCGCCUCGAGCAGGACGCGCUGGCCGCGGCGUUGGCCGCGCGGACGGCGGCCAAGGCGAACGCCGUCGCCGAGAGCCGGGCGCGGGUCGAAUCGCUCCGCGCGAAGCUCGAGGAUCUCCGCGCGUUCCAGCGCGACCACGACCGCCUGUUGCGCGAGAUGGCCGACGUGCAGACGCGCCAGGACGCCUUCGAGGCGCAGCACGCGAAGAAGGUCCAGUCGACGACGGCGACCAUGGAGGCCAACGCCGUCCGCUGGGCCGGCGAGAUGGAGAGCCGGCGACUCGCGGCGACGACGAAUUUGCAGGCCAAGAUCGAGCGCGACGUCUUCACGCAGUACCACACGAUCCAGAACGAGCACAGCCGCAUGAAGACGGAGCUCGGGCGCGCGCCGGCGUACCAGCAGCACCGCAUGAAGCUGAUCGCGGCGGCGAACGAGCACCAGCUCCGGCGCACGCGCGUCCUCGAGGCGAAGAUCGCGAGCGAGCGCAAGCUCCAGGACGUCAUGAGCCGCUGCAUCCGCUACCACCGGCGCGUCAUCGGCCGCAACCGCGGCUCGACGGUGUCGCUGCCAGGGCAGGACAAGAGUGAUUCAACGUCGCUGCUCACGCGCGUCACCGGCGGCGGCUCCCUCGCCAUCGACAACGGGCCGGACUCCUUCGCCCCGCCGGAGGAGGGCGACGACCUCAGCCUCGGCGAGCGGUCGUCCACGGUCCAGUCCUUCCUCGGCCGGCCCGCGCGGCCCUCGGGCAAGGCAUCGACGCCGCCGAUCAAGCACCGCAACCGCAACGUGUUCCUCGGCUUCGCGCCCCGGGACCAGCUCCACCGGCGGCCCUUCGACUCGCCCGACGACGGCGCCCUUCUGUGCGCCAUGGCGGCGGCCGGGCCCCAGGCGGCCCCCGAGGCGCUCGCGGUCUACGCCGCGUCGCCGGCGCCGCGCAAGCGCCACUCGCCGCCGAAGAAGCGGAGCGCGGCGGAGAAGCGGCGCGCCGCCGAGGCGGCGGCCGUGGAGCGGACGCGCAAGCUGCUCGCGACGUGGAGCGCGGACAUCGCCGCGGAGCGCGCCUACGUGCCCGACGAGGAGUUCAUCGACUCCGUGCUCCAGCCCGGCGGGCCGCUGUCGCCGUCGUCCGCCGGCGGCGGCCUCGACUGGACGGCCUUCGUCGCGGGCGGCGACUCGCCGCGCGCGACCGUCGGCGAGCGCAUGGCGUCCUACGAGGAGCCGGGCGGCGACGGCGAGGCGAAGCCGUCGUCGGCCGCCGCGGCCCUCUUCUCCGCGAGCCUCAACCCCGCGCGGCGGCGCCGCGCGUCCGUCGCCGCCGGGGACCUGGGCGGCCUCCGGUCCGCGAGCCGCGGCGCGAGCCGCGGCGCGAGCCGCGGAGACUCGCGCCAGAGCGCGGUGUCGAGCCGCGCGGGCACGCCCGCGCGCCUGUCGACGGCGUCGAGCCUCUGCUCGCUGCCCGCGCUGCCCAUGGCGCACGAGUCGGAGCCGCGCGCGCGCCGGCUCACGCGGCGCGCGCCGGGCGACGUCGCGGCGCGCGUCGGCGCCGGCGCCAAGCAGGCGACGGCCGCGGCCGUGGCCCGCAAGCGCGCGCGGACCCUGGCGCUCCACUCCUGCGCCAAGGCGCUGCCCAGGGCAGCACAAGAGAGCGACAUUCCCAACUUCAAAGGCUCAUAUCUCGGCCGUUUUCCACUCGCGCUGCCCGAGCUCGCGCGCGACGGCGGCGUCGUCGCGGGGCCCGCCGUCGCGCGCGUCGCGCGCGCGGCGAACUCGCGGCGCAUCCCGCGCCUCGCCACGGAGUUCUGGCGCGCGCGGCCGGCGCUCGCGCCCGAGUCCGUGGACUUUGGCCUGAGCGCGGGCGCCUUCGAGCUCACGGGCGACGAAUCGGCGCUACCGGGCUUCCGCCGCGACGACGCCGCGCCCGCGCGGGACGCCGGGCCGGCGACGGCGCUCGCGGACGACGCCGCCCUCGACGCCGCCGCGCGCCGCGCCGCGCGCCACGCGGCGCACAAGCUCGACGGCGUCGCGCUGCACCCGCGGCUCCGGCCGCGCGCGUCGGACGAUCGCUACGCGGGCGCGGACGCGACGACGGCCGCGGAGGCGCGCGCGGCGCUGGACCUCGCCGGUUACGGCGCGCGCAAGGGCGCGGCGAGCCGGCGGCGCGACGACCCGCACCACGGGCCGGGGGACCACGAGGCGGCCUUCGCUUUGCAGGGCGCGUACCGGAAGCGGCUCGCGCGCCGCGGCGCGCUCGCGGCGAAGCUCGCGCGCUGGUACCGGCGGGAGGCGGCGCGGGCGGCCUACGAGGGCCACCGCCGCGACGAGUACCUCGCCGCGUGCCACAUCCAGAGCUUCGGGGUCGCGUCGCUCCGCCGGGCGCGCGCGAAGAUCGCGUCGCGCCGCUACGUCGCCCGGAAGAUCUCCGCGGCGUUCCGCCUCUUCUGGCUGCGCAAGGUCGCGAAGCGCCACGCGCGCGAGCGGCGCGACGCGCGGCGCGCGGCCGCGGGCGCGGACGUCGUCGCGUUCCUCCGCGCGUGCCGCCGGAAGCGGUGGCGGCGCCGGCGCCGCGACCGCGUGCUCGACGAGGCGCAGACGCUCCUCGGGUCCAAGUGGCGCGCGAAGCUCGGGGCGAAGCAGUUCCGGGCCAUGAAGGCGCGGCUCCAGGCGACGACCAUGGGCUACCACCUCCGCCGCGACGUCGCCGUGUCGAAGAUCGCGAAGAACUGGCGCUGCUACGCGCAGUACAUCUACUUCCCCGCGGCGCACGCGAUCCAGAUGUUCUGCCGGUCGACGUUCAUGCUCAAGAUCCUGUGGCGGCGGCGGCGCAACGCCGUCUUCCUCGAGGCCUUCGCGCGCGUCGUCCUCGGCAAGAACCGGCUCUGGGCGCGCUACCGCUACGAGGAGGCCUGGGAGCGGCAGCGCUUCUCGGCCGAGGAGGUCCACGCGCGGCGCGAGGAGCGGGCGGCGCUGAAAACCCUGGACGCGCACCUCGCGGGCCCGCCGGCGAAGCGGCCGCGGCGGCGGACCAAGGUCGGCGACGAGACCGCGGCCGCGCGCGUCGCCGCGCGCCGCGCGCUCCGCGACGCCGCGGCGGCCGUCUUCGACCGCGCCCUGCGCGCCCUGAAGGCCGACGCGCCGCCGGCGCCGCCCUGGGAGCGCGACGGCGCGGCGCGGGGCGACGCGCCCGCGGAGCCCGCGCCGGCCGCGCCGGAGCUCGAGGCGACGGGCGCGCUCGCGAAGCUCCAGCGCGACGUCGACGCCCGGCGCGCCGCCGAGGCCGCGGCGGACGCGGCCGCGGCGGACGCGGGCGCCCCGACCGCGGACGCGCCCCCGGCGUCCGCGGGCGCGGCGGCCCCGGCGUCCGCCGCGGCGCCGCCCGACGACUCUCGCACGUCGAUGAUGUCGCUCGCGCCCGUCAUGGCCGCGCAACCGAAGCCGCGGAAGUCGCGCUUCACGGUGCUGCCCGGCUUCUCCGGGUCGCGGCCGUCCGUCUGGCAGCGCGAGGCCGACGCCGAGGCCGCGGAGCAGCGCGCGCGGGCCGCGGAGCUCUCCGAGGCCGAGCGCGAGGCCGCGGUGCUCGAGUCGGCGCGGCGCAAGUGGUGGGGCCGCACGAACGAGGAGGCGGCCGUCCUGGGGGCGUUCCGGGCCCUCGAGCGCGACCGCCGCCGCGCGGACCGCGCGGCGACGCGGGCCAAGAGGGCCGCGUGGAAGCGCAUGACGCCCGAGGAGCGCAGGGCCGAGAAGGCGCUCAUCCACAAGCUCGGCAAGGUCGGCGAGCAGGACCUGACGCGCAUCAAGGAGCAGGCGAAGAGCCGGCGCAAGGACGACCGGCGCGUCACGCGCGAGGACGAGCGCCGCAAGAGGCGGCUCAGGAAGAAGGAGAAAUACGAAGCGAGGCUCGCGAAGCGGCGCGCGAAGCGCGACGCGCGGCGGGAGAAGACGCGCGCCAAGCACGUGAAGCGCUGCGCGAAGCGGUGGCCCAAAAUUCACGCGGACGCGGCGUUCGCGGUCCACCUCUUCGCGUGGGAGAAGCGCGUCGAGCGGAGCCGCUUGUUCAUGGCCGCCGCGGCGCUCCAGCGCUUCCGGGACCCCAGGGGCCGGCAGCCGGCCUACGCGGCGGCGCCGCCGCCGAAGUUCCGCCGCGCGCGGCGCGACGACGUCGUCCUCGUUGAAACGGCCGUCGCGUGGCUCGCGGACGUCGCCGGCGACGCGGACCUCGCGAGGCCCGUCGAGCCCACGAAGUGCGGCGGCCCCUUCCGCAAGUCGCGGCGCAAGUGCUGGCGCGAGGCCGUCGACGCCGCGGCGCUGCUCAAGGUCCGCAAGGACGCCGCGGACGCGGCGCGCGACGCCGCCGUGGCCGACUUCCGCAAGGUGCGGCCGCCGCGCCAGUGCUGCGCCGCCUGCGGCGCGGGCUUCGGCACGCGCCGCGCGCUCGCGGAGCACCUGUCGACGCAGGGCAAGUGCCCCGAGGACGACCGCGAGCCCGCGGACGUGUUCGUCGUGGGCCUGCGGCCGCCGACGCCGGACUCGCGGCCGCCGACGCCGGGCGACCCGAACGCCGUGCGCUGGCCCGGGUCCUUCCGGGAGUACCUAAGGGACCACCGGUAG